AUGGCACUGCCGGAUUUCAAUGCUCUCAGAGACUUGCAUAACUCUGCCAAUGACCUUCUCCAUUCACCAGAAAUCCAACAAGUUCUUGUCAACCAGAAACAAGAAAAAUGGCUUCACGAAGUCUCAGAGGCAUCUCUAAGAAUGUUGGACGUGUGUGGGAUUUCUAAGGAUGUUCUUUUGCUUGUCAAAGAACGUCUUUUAGACUUGCAAUUCACAUUACGUAGAAAAAGAGUUAGCAAGCCAGAUAUUAGCACCAAACUUGCAGCCUAUAAUCUCUACAGAAAGAAGCUAAAGAAAGAGACAUUGAAAUGCCUGAAAUCACUGAAGGGAAUGAAAGGCAAAUCUAUAACUUCAGAUGUCUCAAAUGUAGAUAACAACGUUAUGGUGGUUGUUGAAGUACUUAGAGAAGUGAGAGUCACUACCAUCACCAUUGUUGAGUCUUUGUUGUCUCUCAUUUCCAUUCCAUGGCUGGACCAAGGAUCAAGCAAAGGGUCUUUUAUGAGGUCAACGUUUUUGCGAAGUGGCCAGAGUCUGUGUGAUUUUUGCGAUGAAACAGCACUUCAUAGCGCAAACAAAAGAUUGCAGGCAGUGGAGAUUGCGGUUGAAGAUCUUGAGGUUGAAUUACAGUGCAUGUUUAGGCGGUUGAUCCAGACUAGGGUUUUGCUUCUUAACAUACUUACUCCCAAUUAA